AUGGCAGAAGAGGUUUACAGGGACAUUGAAGGUGUCCUCCUUUGCAGACCUCUAGGCGACGCACACCAUGUUCGUUCGGCCCUGGCCUACGAGCCGACAGCUGAAGACGUCUUCCUCGUCAGCUACCCAAAAUGCGGAUCAACGUGGCUGAUGAACAUCCUCUACAACAUCCUCAACGAUCGCCCGCCUCCGACCAACUUUGCGGACUGGUCUAGGGAGCUGCCCUUGCUGGAGUUCCAGGGCGCAGAGUCUGUAAGAGAAAUGCCCAGGCCCGGAGUCAUCAGAUCCCACCUGCCUUUCUACAUCAAACCGGUCUCAAAGGACGCGAGGUACAUCUACAUCUGCAGGAACCCGUUCGACUGCUGCGUGUCCUUUUUCUACCACUGCAAGAGCUUUCCGAGGUACAAGUUUCAAGACGGAACUUUCGACGAGUUUUUCGAAAUGUUCAUGACCGGAAAGUUAGAUUUUGGUGACUACUUUGAUCACCUGCAGUCCGGCUACGAGCACCGAAAUAGCAAAAACGUGCUCUUUGUGACUUACGAAAAUCUUCGGAAGGACGUUGCCGCGGGAGUGCUGAUGAUAGCCGAUUUUCUGGGCGAAGAGCACGGUAGAAACCUGCGGGAGGAUAAAGGACGCCUUGACAGGGUACUGCUCGCGACGAGUGUGAAAACGAUGCAAGAACGCAUGAAUGGACUGUUCAAGGCGUUUCAGAGGGACGAAAAAAAAUAUAUGGGUGAGACAACUGUACAAAUCGGCGAGGACCUGCUUGGGAAACAGCCAGAAGCCAGUGGCUUUGUGAGGAAAGGAGCGGUUGGAGACUGGAGGAACCACUUCUCCGCUGACCAGGCGGAACGUCUCAAGAAGAAAUUUGCAUCUAAGACUGCUGGUAGCGGCACGGCAAACUUGUGGAAAAACGUUGACAUUCCCCUAUAG